GGGAGCCUAUACAUAUAUUUGUCUACAAGUAAACACGUUGUUUACAGACACCUAGAUAUAAAACUAAUUUAAGCUAAAAGCUUUCGUUGGCUGAAAAAUCGAAAUUUGUUUGAGCUUAAACCUUUAAACCCCCGUAAUAUGACGCAUUAAUCAGUGACGGUAUUAUUAAGUGCCAAAUACAUGAUUUAGUUUCACUGUCUAUUCAGCUCUGCUAACCUUAGUAGUGAGAAAAAUCAAUAGGGAGUAAAUAAAAAUGUUACAUGCCUAAAAAUCGCUUUGCGCAUUGUUAAAAAAAAUAUAAAUCUUUUUUUUAUUGUCGAGGGACUUUUCCAACAUGUAUGGACUCAACCAAUCAAUUGUAAACAAUCAACGCUUUCGAGUUCGUGAUAUGGAUAACGAGCAAAUCAUGUCCACUUUUGGGAACAUAGGGCACUUACUAAACAUCGCCGUGGAACGGUUUAUAACGAUUGGCGAAAUAAUAGCUGAGGAAAAUAUAGAUAUCAAAGGGGAUAUGUACGAGGCUGCCAAAGAAGCCCGAGAUGCUGGAAAAUCAAUCGAACGACUUUGUGAUAUAUCACCAUUAAGUGGUAUGGAACUUCGACACCACAUUGAACCUUUGAAAGACUAUGGUGCCAUUAUAUUGGCGGCCAGGUCCCUCCUAUCCUCUGUCACGCGAAUUUUACUCCUGGUUGAUAUUAUUGUUGUGAAGAAACUCUUAACCGCCAAGAAGCGAGCCUCCGAGAGUCUCGAGAAGCUAGAAUCGGUGAUGAACUUCACUGAGUUUGUACGUGCGUUUUCCGUUUUCGGCACGGAGAUGAUCGAGCUUGCUUACCUCACCGGGCACCACCGGAACUCCUUUAAGGAGGAGCGGCGGCGGGCGCAGAUGUUUUCGGCCCGUCAAAUCCUGGAGAAAUCGAUUGCCAUCUUGCUAACGUCCUCGAAGAACAGCCUGAUCCACAGCGACUGUGUGAUCGUGAAGGAGAACCGCGACACCGUGUUCUGCCAGAUCAGAAGAGCUAUGGACCUCAUUCAUUUCGUGGUGAAGGACAGUAUCUUUGAUUCGGCGAAGCACCUACCCUUCGAAAAGCAGGCUAGCAAUCCGAACUACGAGAACGAAAGCAUAUACACGACAAUAAAGCGCAUUGUUAACCUCAUCAAGCGGUACAAGUACCAGAUGAGCUACUAUGAGAGUAAUGUCGAAGGUAACAACAAUUCCGACGCGUACUUCAAUUUCCUGGACGACGAUUUGUGGAAGUCGGAGAAAAACCUAUCAUCCUCCUCUGGCGGUGGUCGCAUGGUGAACAACACCAACUUCAGGAAGCACAUGAGCUCCGAGAGCAUGGAUCUGCGUGAGGAGUUGUCCAUGGCAUUUGAGAAACUCUUUGAAAAGGCCCACGACUUUACUGACUCGCCCUACAUCAGUCACAACCAUCGAAAGAACAUACUGUCCUAUUGUGACAAUUGCAAGCUGGAGUUCGAUCUUUACCUCAACACCAUUAUGAAGGACCAGCACGAAAACUCCGGGAGUCAGUUGAAGGGUCGUGAUCCCGAGUUGGGAAUGCUGAGUAGUCUGGAAGAGCUUUGCAAGCAGCUGGUCGUCUCGGUAUCCAGCCAAAUCGAGGACUUCAACGAAUCUCUUAAGAUCGCGUCUAAGCUUGUGAAAUCGUUCCACGUCCUGGCAACGAACUAUGACAUCGACAAUCUGAACCAGCGUUCCUCAAAGUUCCAUGACUGCUGCGACCAUAUCUUUGACAUCUGUAAGCUCCUGCAGCAUAUUGCGCCAACGGAAAGGUUGCAGGUCCAGGCAAAGUGCCUAGCCAUCAAUCUACGAAUCUAUGGACCUCAGGUCUUUAUUGCUGCCAAAAUCCUUUGGAAAUACUCGAACAGCAGUGCGGCCAACGAGAACUUUGAGUCCUUCUCGGACAUGUGGAAGUGGCUUACUAACGAGAUCUCUAUGAUCGCCAAAAAGAUUCUUGUAUCAAUUAAUACGACUAAGAACGAAAGAGAAACGGAAACUGAGAAAUGCGAAACUUCUGAUAAACUAUCUAAACCCGGUGUACCUGCAACUGAAGAUGGAGAAAUGGUUGAGUAUUCUGGCCUCGAAGGCAAAAACAAUGGAGAUCUAAGCACAUAUCAAUCAAAAUGGAGUGAAGACUUGUCGGAUGACAACGACAUAUUAAAGAGAGCUAAAAACAUGUCAGCUAUGGCUUUCCUUAUGUAUCAGUUUACAAAAGGAAACGGUUCUUUAAGAACAACUCAGGAUUUGUUUACUCAAGCCGAAUAUUUUGCGGAGGAAGCCAAUCGACUUUACAAGGUCCUUCGUCACUUUUCUUAUCAGGUCCCAGCAAGUGACAACAAAAAGGAUCUGCUUAACAUUUUAGAUAGAGUGCCGACUUUUGUCCAAGCACUUCAAUUUACAGUGAAAGACCACACGGUGGGUAAAGCUGCCACUUUUGUGAAGGUGGAUCACGUCAUCAGAGAAACAAAAAACCUUAUGAACGUUAUAAAUAAAGUAGUAUCGAAGUGCUUUGAGUGCGCAAAUAAGUACAAACUAAAUUUAACUGGGAUUACUGGAGGACUAACCUCAGGAGCAGUGCGCGGCGAUGACAACGUGGCCGGUGGAAUGUGCGACUCCAAAGGAACGACGAGCAGCAGCGAGGGGAGCAUGUGACAUUACGGGAUGGCUCGAAGAGCCAAGGGAGAUGCAAGGAGAACGAGGGUAUCAUUUUUACUGUUCUGAGCCCGCUCUUUUUAUUAUUAUAGUGUACACUGUUAGUAAUCUUAAUACAUUCAAUUCUGUGUAUUAGUUGGUGCCGCUUCUAGCGUUGAUUAAUGUCGAACAAAUUUAUUAAACAUACAAAUUCCAAUUAGUUGUUUCAACAGCACGAUCUUAUAAUGCAUAUUUUGUUUCACUACAUUCGUAAAAAUAAAGGCAAUAAAGGUAAUGACAGAUGUAGA